AAUAUUAUCUAAAUAUUUUAAAAAUGUGUGUGUGUAUAUAUAUAUUGAGUGCGAAAAUGAUAACUGUGAAAAGUGAGGAAGCUUUUGAUGAAUCUAGGGAGCCAUCACACAAGAUUCGAUCGACCUCGAGUCUCAACUUUGAGCAAAUCAAAGGCAGAUAUAAUUUUCCCCUUAGAUUGGCAUUACGUGUGGAUGAUAAUCUUCUGUGAUGGAUGAUAAUUCAAAGUGCUGCGUUGUCUGUUCUCAUCUUUAAUCCUUCUUCAUAAAAGUGACCCAGCCCUCUCUCUCUCUUAAUAGAAUUUGUAGAGGCGGCUUUUGUAGGAUCAGAAGGUUGUAAUUGAUCCUCUCUCUCUCCCUCUUGAUUGUGAUCUUAGCGAAUGCUGGUUUUGUAUAAAAAGAUGAGGUUGGAGCAAUAACCCGUGCGGGUUUUUGAUUGGUGUUCGAGAUUCAGUCGUUUUGCUUCAUUUAUUGGAAUUGAUUGAAGAUUCUGGCUUUCCUGCUAAAUUUAAAUACGGAGAACAGUGGGGCGAACUGCGUGGUUGGUCUGGAGUGCGUAUUGAGUAUCAUCAGGUUCCUAACAAUGGGGUCCUGCUUUUCCUGCGAAAGUAGGAGCCCCCUUCCCAGUCCUCCGAUGGUGGCUAAGAAGAGGAAGGUUUUGACGAGGACAUCCUUUGAGUACGGUAGGGAGGAUAGGUUGCACAGGAAUCAUAACCGGAUGUUCUUGAAUGGGUCGAGUGAGAUUGCCUCACUCUUUACACAGCAAGGCAAGAAAGGGAUCAAUCAAGAUGCAAUGAUUGUUUGGGAGAACUUUGGUUCGAGAACGGACACGAUCUUUUGUGGGGUCUUUGAUGGCCAUGGCCCUUAUGGUCAUAUGGUUGCUAAGCGUGUCCGAGAUUCUCUUCCUCUGAAGUUGAGUGCACACUGGGAAGUCGACAUGAAAGACGACGAGAUUCUUAGGAAAACUGGAAACCAUUCUGAGAUCUUUCACAUAUUGAAAGAAUCUUUUCUCAAGGCAUUUAAGGUCAUGGACAAAGAGUUGAGAAUGAACACGAAUUUCGAUUGCCUCUGUAGUGGAACUACAGCAGUGACACUGGUGAAACAGGGUCAAGAUCUUAUAAUCGGAAAUGUUGGGGACUCGAGAGCUGUAUUAGGGAUGAGAGACGCGAAUAACGCAUUCGUUCCAGUACAGUUGACUGUGGAUCUCAAGCCUGACCUUCCAGCGGAAGAAGAGAGGAUCCGAAAAUGCAGAGGUCGUAUUUUUGCCCUCCGGGACGAACCUGAGGUGGCAAGAGUGUGGCUGCCGCACAACGACACUCCCGGCCUUGCCAUGGCGCGUGCAUUUGGUGAUUUCUGUCUCAAGGAGUUCGGCCUUAUAUCCGUGCCUGAAAUCUCCUACAGACGCAUCACUGAUGAAGAUGAGUUUGUAGUCUUAGCAACAGAUGGGGUUUGGGACGUGCUCUCGAACGAGGAGGUGGUAACUAUCGUGGGCACUUGCCCCACACGCUCGUAUGCAGCUCGAGCAGUAGUGGAUUCAGCAGUUAAAGCAUGGAGGUCCAUAUAUCCAACUUCAAAAGUUGAUGACUGUGCAGUGGUCUGCCUCUUUCUCAACUCAGACGAGUCUACCGCCUGCAGCACCAAUUCCACCACGCCUGAAGAGGACGAAGACGACCACCCCGAUCCAAAUGAACUCAACCGUAGUGGCACGGUUAGAACAGGCACCGGGGCAAUUGAGGAAGGAUAGGAUAAGAUCAUAAAAAGCUUAUGAAGGUAACAAAGAGGGAUUUUGAGAUGGUGAACCUCCGACCUCCGUGGCGGGCUGCGUAUAGUCGAGCACAUGGUUGGCAUGCCGCUGCGGAUGCGAGGCCAGAGAUCUCCUUUUGGGUUGCAAGUUCUUGUCUGGUGCAGUUUACCUCUCUCUGUCAAGUAAAUGGGGAGAAAAAAGGUGUAGCUCAUGUUUGUUCUUGUCUAGUGCAGUUUAUUUGGGCGAUAUGAUCUUUGAGAUAGUGGUUGUGAAUCCUUAUAUGUGUUUAUAUAUCGUGUAAGCAGAUAGAAUUGGAAUUUUGCAUUCAUCCAAGUAAAUCUCUAUUGUUUUUGUUUUGUAAAUUGACUCUUUCUCCCUUAAUGAAAGCUUUUCUUCAAUAAUA